GUGACUAAUUCAACACAGGCGCGAUAACAGACCAGUCGCACUUCCACCAGCUAUCCAGAGGCGAAAGUUACGCAGACUCGCAUGGGACGACCCGCGGACCAUGGUGACAACGGUUUAUUUGGCAGUUAGACCAAGUGGUCGUCCCUCGCCUCUCUCGCGUCGAAAUUCUUGAGUGGCACAAACGUUGGUGCCAUUUUGCGCGGUAGGGUUAACUGGAUCAUGCACGUCAACUAAGGACUGCUAGCGUCUAUUGCUUGUACCGUCAACCAGAGAGCAAAAUAUAAUAUUCCGGAACUUCAUGGACGAUGAGAGCACGUCUCAGCCCAAAGGCUCACCCUCGCAAGCAACAUACAGCCAUCUCUUUUCACCGGCUCCUCUUCAGCAGCAGCUCCUAGCAAAACGCGACGGCACCACUGGUAACCUGACGUGCCUGUGCUGCAAUGCGUCGUUUGUGUCGACGCGGGACAUGCUGGUCCACCAGCGGCGGUACACCGGCGAACGGCCGUUCCCUUGCUCAAAGUGCUUCGAGUCGUUCGCUACGGCGUCUGCGCUCCUCCUGCACCGCAGCACUGUGCACGACCGCCGAUCUCCGUUCCGAUGCAUCUUCUGCGGGCGAGCUUUCCGCGACGGAGAUUCUUACGCUGGCCACUUAGCGCGUCACAAGCGUCCAGACCGCAACCCAUCGACGGUGCAGUACCUUUGUUCGUGCACGCGCCUGUUCAGGAGUGAACUGGAGCUGAAGAAGCAUCUCGACGUGCACGACAGCGGAACGGGCAUUCGCUGUCCCUACUGUAGAAAAGUGUACGAGACGAAGCUGGCGCUGGGCUCGCACCUCGCGCGUCACGAAUCCCGCAAGAAGAAGCGUGAGAGUGGGGGUGAAGGGAGGAGGAAAUGAUGCCUUCAAGGUGUUUUGCAAUACGUGGGGCUGUUUGCAUGUUCAUAGUAAGGGUGGUAUGACAUUUGUAAAUAAAGCAAUUUUAACCUCAACA